AUGGCGUCGAACAACCUCUCGGGGGUACUCGACGGCGGCGACGCGGCGGCGACGGCCGCAGGGAGGAAUAUACAGCACUCAGGGUUCCUCGGCGGUGAGUACUUGAGGGCCGACAUGUUCGAUCUCGACAGCCUUGACGUCGAGGUGGACAAGAAAACCAUGGCCAAGCUUCUUGCCACGGAGAAGCAGCGAGACAGGGGCGACGAAGAGAUGGAGCCGUGGGAGAUCGACCUCGCCAAGCUGGAGGUUCACGAGUUGAUAUCACCAGGGACCUUCGGCUCCGUGUAUCGCGCCACCUACGAUGGCAAUAUCGUCCUAGCUAAACUGUUAGACUGGGGCGAGGAUGGUUUUAUAACAGAAGAUGAAGUUGCUGCUCGGCGCAAGGCCUUGAGGAAGGAGGUUGUAGUUUGGAAGGAUCUCAACCACAGGAACGUUACAAAGUUCAUUGGUGCAUCAAUGGGUACCACUGACCUUAACAUUCCAGCUGAGAAUGAGGAUAUCGCUGCAUACACUGAUUUUCCAGAUAGAGCAUGUUGUGUGGUCGUUGAGUAUAUCGACGGAGGAACACUUAGGCAGUACCUAUAUGCGCACAGGGAGGAAAAGCUGGAAUACAGAGUUGUGGUUGAUCUUGCAUUGGAUUUGGCCAAGGGACUGAGCUAUCUACAUUCAAAAGAUAUCGUGCAUCGGGAUGUCAAAGCUGAAAAUAUGUUGCUUGAUUCCAAACGAACCCUAAAGAUCGCCGACUUUGGUGUUGCCCGUAUAGAGGCUAAGGAUCCAGCGGAAAUGACAGGUCACACAGGCACACUGGGUUAUAUGGCCCCAGAGGUCCUUGAAGAUAAGCCAUACAAUAGAAAGUGUGAUGUUUACAGUUUUGGGAUAUGUCUAUGGGCGAUCUACUGCUGUGACAUGCCGUAUUACCCGGACCUCAGUUUUGCAGAGACCUCCUCUGCAAUUGUUCAUAAGAAACUGCGACCUACGAUCCCACCCUGCUGCCCCGCCCCAAUGGCGAAGAUCAUGAAGAGGUGCUGGGACGCUGACCCUGAGAAGCGUCCCGACAUGAAGGAGGUGGUGCAGCUCCUAGAGGAUCUGGACACAAGCAACGGCGGCGGCAUGACCCCAGAAGGGAUCGCGGAAGGGAAGAACCCUGGAAAUGGGCUGCAGAUUCUUGCGACAAUCACAGAGCCUGAAUUGCUGGAGCACACUAUUCAGACUACCGCAACGUUGAUGAUGGGCCGUGUCGCCAUCGACUUGGAAGAUAAGCUCCAUCGCUCCUCCCCCGACCGCGGACCCGUGGUGUCUCCUCUCCCUCGGGAUCGAGGAAGAGGAAGGUCAUUUCCUACUGGCCCCGCAUCUGUAGACUUUUUAGCUAUAUUCGUGCCCUCCCCCUCUGACCAUGGAGUCUCCCCACCCCCGCCUGUGAGGAAGAGGAAUGAGAAUGCGUUCGACGCCGACCGCGGUGGUGACGUCUGCUUUGCCUCCCACACCCGGCGGUGCCAAAGCUAUUAG